AUGGCACCUCCCGCUUCCAGAAGCGCGAUUCGACGGCUGCUGAAUGCCGCUCAACACACUGCUUGUCCAUGCCAUGGCUGCCGUGCCGGAGGUGCGCAUAAUCCCCUGCAAGCAAUCAACCAAAUGAGAAAGCUCGCAACACCGGUUGACGUGCUUCCGGUCGAGAAGGAAUACGCUUUCGAGGUUGCUGCAGCCAACUUGAGAUUCGGGGAGGGCGUCACGCGAGAAGUUGGCAUGGACCUCAAGAACAUGAAGGCUCGAAAGGUUGGCGUCUUCACCGAUCCCAUCGUUGCCAAACUGCCGCCGGCCAAGAUGGCUAUUGCGUCUCUCGAGUCGCAAACUGAUCUACCGUUCGUAAUCUAUGAUCGUGUUGUUGCGGAGCCCACGGAAGCGAGUUGGCGAGAUGCGAUUGCAUGGGCUCGAGCAAACGACUGUAGCCAUUUCUUAGCUGUAGGAGGAGGCAGUGUAAUGGAUACAGCGAAAGCCGCCAACCUAUUUUCAGUAUAUAAGGAUGCUGAUCUAUUUGAUUUCAUCAACGCUCCUGUUGGCAAAGGGUUGCCUAUUACCGAAGCUCUUCGGCCGCUCAUUGCAGUGCCAACGACAGCUGGUACCGGUUCGGAGACGACUGGAACUGCCAUCCUGGACAUCACGUCCAUGUCUUUCAAGACUGGUAUUGCCAAUCGCGCUAUGAAGCCGGUCCUCGGUAUCGUUGAUACUCUCAACACUCGCUCAUGCUCAAGAGAGCUCCAUAUCAGCUCUGGGCUCGAUGUGCUCUUCCACAGUCUCGAAAGCUACACGGCUAUUCCGUAUACAGAGCGAAUUCCCCGACCAUCCAACCCCAAUCUCCGCCCUGCAUAUCAAGGCAGCAACCCUGUCGCAGACAUUUUCUCCAUGUGGGCUCUGCGCACUACGGUUGAAUGUCUGCCACGUAUUUCGAAGAAUCUGGACGACUACCAAGCCAUGCAGCAGAUGAUGCUGGCUGCUUCGUUCGCUGGUAUUGGAUUCGGAAAUGCUGGGGUACAUCUGUGUCACGGCAUCAGUUAUCCGAUUUCUGGACUCAACAAGCAGGGGCCAAAGUACAAGUAUGCUGGAUAUGAUGUGGAUCAUCCUAUCAUUCCCCAUGGUGUCAGUGUCGCACUCUCUGCUCCUGCUGUAUUCAACUUCACGGCACCUUCCUCGCCCUCACGCCACCGCGAGGCUCUAGCGAUCUUCCAUGGGACAACUCCCGCCGAUUCCAGCAUCUCUGCCAUCCCAGACUCAGAGAUCGGUGCGCACUUGUUCGAGGCGAUAGCACGUUUUCUUGACAACCUCGGAGUACCCCGCGGUCUCAAAGCUGUUGGCUACACGAAAGCGGAUGUAGCCAAGCUGGUUGACGGGACGAUUCCCCAAAGACGAGUCCUGGACCUCGCCCCAGGCAUCGGAGAUGUGGCAGGAGCAGAUGGAAGGGAGCAUCUGACGGCGAUCAUCGAGAGCUCGCUUGAGUAUUAA